AUGGCCAAACCCGUAUACGAGCGCGUCCCGACUGAAGAUGAGGACGUCCACAACUCAGACUCAAACGACGCGCGAUCCAAUCCCAGCUCGCCCGACCCUCGUUUCGAACGUCCAUCACCGCCGGCCUGGAAACGCCUCCUCCUCAUCGCUUUCACUGUCUUCCUCUUCUGGCUAGCGUUCGCAAUCCGGCCGAAACAGACGGAAGACAAGAUCAUAUAUGCGUCCCGGUACUCUAAGGAGCACAAGUUCCGACCAGCUGCGAGCCCUGUCAUCACCGAGCGUCUCAAGGAUGGUAGAACGAGGUUGAGGGGAGCCCUUCAAACAGGACGUAUAGCUUAAACCCUCCAAAGUGGGUGGACGAGGGGAUCUGCGGCUGCAGGUCUCGAUUCAGUGUCGACGUAGCCUGUCACUUCGUUCCAGCGACCACGUCGUCGUUACCAUGUCCUUCGAACUACGCACAAUGAAACUGUUUUCGUACAUAAUGUUGUACCCAGGCGUACUCCCC